UUAUUCAUUCCUGCAACAUUUUCACCCCCUAUAUUUUUGGUCAAACUCACUUUUCUCUGAUGUUAUAGAUUUACUGUUUAGGGUUCUUGGCCAGGGUGGCUAUUGAUUGGGGCUUUGAAUUGGAAUUUUCAGUUAUAGAUAGCUCAGUUCCAUACAAUUUGGGGUAUAGCUUUUGAUCUAAAGAAUGGGUGGUGGUGGUAAUAAUGAUGCGGGGUUUCAACACAGGCAUGGGAGCAUGAAUUGCUCAUCUUCUCAGAUGAACAAAGGCUCCUUGUCUGAGAAGGUGGGAGGAAUGGCAAUGAGUUCCAUGUCCAUGUAUAAGCCUUCAAACGGUGCAGACCCUUUCGUUGGUCCUGGCUGGGAUCCAAACUCAAUGGCUUCACUGAGUCACAGUGAAAAUUUUGGAGGCUCUUCGAUGGUUUCUCAGGGUGAAUUUCCAAAUUCUCAAUACUCUGCUGUAAUGGAAAACCAGGGAAUUGGUAGUACUUCCCACUUCUCCCAGUAUCCGUCUCAUUCAAGCUUUGUUGAGCUUGUGCCAAAGCUUCAGUGCUUUGGAAGUGGAAAUUUCUCAGAAAUGGUUGGUUCCUUUGGCAUACCUCAGUCCAGCCAGAUUGUGGAUGGUGGAUUCCCUCCAAAUCCUGUUCCAAACCAACAGGAGGGGGGAAAUGAAAGGACUUUAACAAAUGGGGCACAAUCUCAUGAGGAGCGCCAAGUUUCAGAGGAGGGAGCUAUAGGGGCUUCUCCUAAUGGAAAGAGGAGAAAACAAGUGCCUGAGUUGAACUCUUCCCUCAAUUCCUCCAAGGAUGCUGAAGGGGAGCCUCAGAAAAAUCCUUCUGGAGAUAGCUCUGAUGCCCCAAAAGAACUGGAUGAGAAGAGAUUGAAAAUUGAUCAAACUAUAGGUGCAGAUUCAUGCGGUAAGCAACUUGCUAAACAGACAAAAGACAGCUCUCAAAGUGGAGAUGCUCCUAGAGAAAAUUACAUUCAUGUGAGAGCGAAAAGGGGUCAGGCUACUAAUAGUCACAGCCUUGCAGAAAGGGUCAGAAGAGAAAAGAUUAGUGAGAGAAUGAGAAUGCUUCAAGAACUUGUACCAGGAUGUAAUAAGAUUACUGGGAAGGCUGUUAUGCUUGAUGAGAUUAUUAACUAUGUGCAAUCGCUGCAACAGCAGGUUGAGUUUUUGUCAAUGAAACUUGCCACUGUCAACCCAGAAUUGAACAUUGAUUUAGAGAGGCUUCUAUCUAAGGAUAUUCUUCAUUCACGAGGUGGAAGUGCAGCUUUUCUUGGAUUUGGACCUGGGAUAAAUUGCUCUCACCCUUACACCACUGGAGUUUUUCCAGCAACCAUGUCAACUAUCCCAGUUACAGGUCCACAGUUUGCUCCACUGCCUCAGACUGCAUUAGACAAUGAGCUACACAAUCUUUUCCAAAUGGGAUUCGAUUCCAGUUCAGCUAUGGACAGUUUAGGACCAAAUGCUGAUCGCAUGAAAUCCGAGCUUUGAUACCUGGAAGUGUUCAAAGAGCUUCAUUUUCCUAACAAAACCUUCUUCAAGUUUGAUCACACAAAUUAAAACUCAUCUAGGAAAGGAUGAAAAAAUAGCAGAAGAAAGGGGAAAACACAGCAUUCUUGAGUUGUAUAGGUUUCUUUUAGUCCUAACUGUUUGUUCUGGAGUUUUUUUUAACCGGAGAAUUUCACUUGUUAGCAUUACAAAUCAUGUAAAUUCGGACGACAAAACAAGAACUGAUCGAUCAUGUAUUACUUUGAAUUGGAUAUUGUAGAGGUGUGAAGCCUCGUGAUAGCUUUUUGGGAAAGUGUAAUGGGAAAUUUUUCUUGUAGAGAAAAUUGCCAUUUUAUAUUCUGUGCGAACCAUGAAAGAAGUGAGGCCCAUCAUGGAAGUUUUGUAUUCGCGGCACUGGACCUGUGUCUUU